AUGGAAAAUUAUUUAAUAGUUGAGUUAAUAGGGGAGGGGUCGUUUGGCAAGGUUUACAAGGCGAGACGGAAAGGGACUGGCCAGGUUGUAGCCAUGAAGUUUAUAGUGAAAAAAGGCAAGAAUGAUAAGGAGCUUUUAAACCUUCGUAGCGAGAUUGAAAUUAUGACAAAGCUUGAUCAUGAUAACAUUAUAACCUUGCUUGAAGCGUUUGAAACUCAGCAGGAAUUUGUUGUGGUGAUGGAGUAUGCUCAAGGAGAACUAUUUGAAAUUCUUGAGGACGACAAAAAACUUCCUGAAGAUGUUGUUCGGCGUAUUUCAAAGCAAUUGGUCCAGGCACUUCAUUAUCUACAUUCUAACCGCAUUAUGCAUCGAGACAUGAAACCUCAGAACAUUCUUAUUGGUCAGAAUGGCUCAGUUAAAUUGGCUGAUUUUGGUUUUGCCAGAUCGAUGAGUUAUAACACGAUGGUGCUGACGAGUAUUAAGGGAACACCCCUUUAUAUGGCGCCGGAACUUGUCCAAGAACAACCAUACAACCACAGUGCAGAUUUGUGGUCGCUUGGGUGUAUUCUGUAUCAGCUAUACUAUGGUAAACCACCAUUCUACACAAACCAUCUUUACAAGUUAAUCAAUCAAAUUGUCAAUGAUCCUGUCAAAUUUGAGGAUCCUAUAUCAUCGGAUUUCAAAUCCCUUUUGAAGGGUCUUUUAACAAAGUCCUUCUCUGCGAGACUAAAUUGGCCUCACUUAUUGAAUCAUCAGUUUGUCGCCCUUAGUGCGGAGGAUGGAAAGUGGCAGACACUAAUUAAGCAACACGAGAAGGAAAUGAAAGAACGUAUGGAGAGAUUGGACUGCUUUCGGCUUUGCACUCAACCAAGCAGAUUUCAAACGAAUCCUUCAGGGCAUACACCUCGCACUACUGUGGUCUUGCAACAGCCCUCCUUGGAUUCUAAGGAAGGCUCGUUAUUUUCUUCCCCUUCCAUAGAAAUUAUUUCCUAUUCAACUGAUUCACAUGAAUUGCUUGAAACUUUUAAAGGGCUUACGAGAGCAGCUGAGACAUUAACAUCAUCGCCUCUGCAAAAUAGUGCAUUGCUGGAACGAAUUCCGCAAUUGGGCAUUUUGGGACCUACAUUAAGGCGACUCAAUGAUAAACAAACGGUAGAUGUAGUUCGCCAUGCUUUACAAUUUAUUCGGAUACUUGUAUUCCCCGAAAAUGGAUCUGUUUUUUCAUUUCCAGCACAAUAUCCGUCAGAAAAUAUGGUAAACGCUUUGCAAGAACGAAGUGAGUUUCCACCGUUUGAUCUUCUUAUACGACAACAAGUCGCUUUAGAACUGAUGGAAAAGCCUCAGGAGACACUUGGUUUUAUGAUACGCGAAGUAAUUGAGAAUCGGAAUAAUCUUCGUGAGGAUUGUGUGAAGGUAAUUUUUCAAUGUGUCAAAUGGGGAACUGGGUUUGGAGCUGCACUGAUUAAAUUGAAGACGUUCCCCAUUUUUUGGGCCUCUUUGCUUGAUUCUGUAAAGGAAUCGUCAGUAAAAGUACAAGGCUCCUUUCAACUUUACGUGGCAGUUGCAUUUCACACUGUUUCAGUGUUGAUCCCCCAUAUAAAAUUGUCUUCCCCAGAUCAAAUAAAUGCGCAAAAGGUGUCUGCGUUUGUCUCUAUCGGAUUGACGGCCGUUUGCUAUUAUGACUCAUCUACAGGGGAGAAUAUCGCGGCCCUUAACUGUGCUGCUGCAGCCGCCCUUCUGGUAGCCUUUGUGCAUCGGGAAAUGAAGGACACCAUUGUUUUUGAACCAGACUCCGUAUUGAUGAAUGGAUUACGUGUUAUCGUAGAAGGUGUGCGCCGAAUCUCAGACCGGCAUGUGGCACCACGUGCCCUUGGCACAAGCUACGGAUUUGCUGAUUGCGGCUUAUUAGAUGGUGUAAUGCAUAUGCUGUCAGUUGUAUUUUCGGAUCCAAAUUCAAUUAUGUAUCAAAAAAAUUUGAAUUCUUCAACCCAAACUCUCGUUGAUGAUGAAAGAAAAAUAUCACUUCGUACCGUAAUUACGUUAUUGCGUGAUAGCGAUUCCAACGUAGAAUUAUCACCGAAUGGUGUGUUGGCUGCUCUUCGUUGUGUUCAACAGGCCUUGCAGUAUCAACAAGAAGGACUGCACUCCAUGAGUCUUUUGCUAGAAACUGUAGAACCCUACAGUGGAGAAAGCGGUGGCCCAAUUUCUGUGAUGACCAUUAUUUGCCGUCAGUUACGCUCAAAUUAUCUCAAACAGUUUCAGUUGUGGCCUGAAUAUAAAGGGGGGGGGACUAUGGGAGUAAAUGCUCAUCUUAGAAUAAUUGUUCAGAUUUUGUUGAUGACUUUUCAGCCAGCAAAGCAAGGCGCUGACGCGGAGGCUGGAACUGUUGCCGCCAUACAGCAAAUUCUUUACAAGGAAGGGGUCAUGGAAAUGCUUAUUGCUGCGCUUGAUUACACGGAAGUGGCGUUUUGGGGUCCACCAUUUACGGUCAUCAUAAAGUUAGUGAUGGGUUCCCCCAUGUUCGCCAAGGCAUUUGUAGAAGGUGGUGGUCUACAACCUGAACGAAUAAGAAAAGUCUUGGAUUCAAGAAAGGCGAGCAAUGGUCUUGUUUCUGAUGGACUUAAUGUGCUUUCCCAACUGGCUCGGAUAUCAAAGGAAUUUUAUCCACCUAUUCAUAGUGCAAAUUUGUAUGAAACUUUUUUAGAUCUUCUUCGACACCGAGAUGGGGCUCUUCGAAGCAAAAUGUGUAACCUUCUUGGGAACUUGUGCAAGCAUUCUCCAUACUUCUAUGAACCUUUGGCGAACCACAAGCUAAUAGAGGGACUUGUAGAGCGCUGUAGCGACGAGGAUCUAACAACGCAAAAGUUUGCGGCCUUUGCGGCCGGCAACGCAGCGUUUCAUAACGAUUUUUUGUAUGAAUUGCUUAGGCCAUCUAUCCCAGUCAUUGUAAAACUUUUGUCCAGUAGUGACGAGAAAACGAGACAAAACGCUGCCGGUGCGGUUAGCAAUUUUGUGCGCAAUGGGGGCUCCCUCACUUCUGCUUUGAUGGGAGACAAUGUUGUGGAGGCCCUUUUGCGUAUUCUUAAGAAGGACAAGGUGGGGCUGCGAAAAAUAGCGCUUAUUACCAUAGGCUCUUUUUGUGCGUAUGAUGAGUGCAAAAAGAAGUUUUUGUCAUCGGGACUGAAGGAGGCUCUACAGCAGCUCGAACAGAGCAGUGUUAUUGAGGCUGAACCUUCGAUUGCAAAGUAUGUCGCACGGAUCAAUCAGCGAAUCGGUUAA